AUGGCUUUGGUAAAUACAAUGUUAACAAAAAAUUUAUCAGGUUUUUUGAAAACAAUUAAAGGAAUAAGAAAUGCUUCACAUUUUACAUAUGUAUCUUCAACAGUAGACCCUUCUUUAGGUAAAACAACAAAGAUGAAUCUUUUUCAAUCUAUUAAUAAUGCUAUGGAUAUAACUUUGGCUAAAGAUGAUUCAGCAAUUAUUUUUGGAGAAGAUGUCGGUUUUGGUGGAGUUUUCCGUUGUACAGUUGGAUUACGUGACAAAUAUGGUAGUGAUCGUGUAUUUAAUACACCAUUAUGUGAACAGGGAAUUGCUGGAUUUGGUAUUGGUGCUGCUGUAGCUGGUGCUACUGCUAUAGCUGAAAUACAAUUUGGUGAUUAUAUAUUUCCAGCAUUUGAUCAAAUUGUUAAUGAAGCUGCAAAAUAUCGUUAUAGAUCAGGAAAUUUAUUUAAUUGUGGUAGUUUAACUUUUCGUGCUACAUGGGGAGCUGUAGGCCAUGGUGCAUUAUAUCAUUCGCAAUCACCUGAAGCCUAUUUUUCACAUACACCAGGAUUAAAAGUUAUUAUACCACGAGGUCCUAUUCAAGCUAAAGGAUUAUUGCGCGCAUGUGUUGAAGAUCCAAAUCCUUGUAUUUUCUUUGAGCCAAAAAUUCUUUACAGAAGUGCUGUUGAUGAGGUACCAGUAGAAGAUUAUAUUUUACCAUUAGGAAAGGCAGAAAUUGUAAAAGAAGGGAAAGAUGUCACAAUGGUUGCAUGGGGUACACAAUUACAUGUGAUAAGAGAAGUUGCUGAUAUGGUAGAGAAAGACCUUAAUGUGUCAUGUGAAGUAAUAGAUCUUCAAUCUAUUCUCCCUUGGGAUGUUGAGACAGUUGCUAAUUCUGUAUCUAAGACUGGGCGUCUUCUUAUCUCACAUGAAGCACCGAUAACAUCUGGAUUUGGAAGUGAAAUAGCAGCAACAAUUCAAAAAGAAUGUUUUCUUAAUUUGGAAGCUCCUAUUACUCGUGUUUGUGGAUGGGAUACACCAUUCCCUCAUGUCUAUGAGGCAUUUUAUCUUCCAUCUAAGUGGAGAUGUUAUGAUGCUAUUAAGAAAAUGAUAAACUAUUAA